GCAGCCAUUUUGCCCGAACCGGCGACACGAUUCGCGGCGCGGUUAGCCAUCAUUCCAAAUUUUUGUAAUCUGAGAUAAAUGUUAUCAAAAUUGUGUUCAUUCCUCCAAAUUAUUGUAUAAUAAUUUGAUUACCAAAAUAUAGUCUUCACUUGCGAGGAAAUCUAUCCAGGGCAUCAGUGAAAUAGUCCUCACCCAUCGUCAACGAUGUCGGUCGACAAAGAGGAACUGGUGCAGCGCGCCAAGCUCGCGGAGCAGGCUGAGCGAUAUGACGACAUGGCGGCCGCGAUGAAGGAAGUGACGGAAACCGGCGUCGAACUCAGCAAUGAGGAAAGGAACCUGCUUUCCGUUGCAUACAAAAAUGUGGUGGGCGCCCGACGAUCGUCAUGGCGUGUUAUCUCCUCCAUUGAACAGAAAACCGAAGGUUCGGAAAGAAAACAACAGAUGGCAAAAGAAUAUAGGGUAAAAGUAGAAAAGGAGCUCAGAGAAAUCUGCUACGAUGUUCUGGGUUUACUUGACAAGCACCUAAUUCCUAAAGCUAGUAAUCCAGAAAGUAAAGUAUUUUACCUAAAAAUGAAGGGUGAUUACUACAGGUACCUCGCAGAAGUGGCCACAGGAGAAACCAGAAAUUCUGUUGUAGAGGACUCACAGAAAGCCUACCAAGACGCUUUCGAGAUCAGCAAGGCGAAAAUGCAGCCCACACAUCCAAUAAGACUGGGCUUGGCAUUAAAUUUCUCCGUCUUCUAUUAUGAGAUAUUAAAUUCACCAGACAAAGCGUGUCAGCUCGCCAAACAGGCGUUCGAUGACGCGAUCGCCGAACUGGACACAUUGAAUGAGGAUUCGUACAAGGACUCGACGCUGAUCAUGCAGCUGCUGCGAGACAACCUGACGCUGUGGACGUCGGACACGCAGGGCGACGGCGACGAGCCCGCGGAGGGCGGCGACAACUAACCGCGCGCCGCCAUCACCCCAGCACACGCAUUUGUUCUCAUCGGUGUUUUAUAAGAAAACGAGUAACAUUCGAGAACGCCGCGCGGCGCGCGUCCCCUGCCGCUGUUGCGAGCCGUCGCUUGUAAAAAAAUGUUAAAAAUGUCGUUCGCAGCGGACCUUCACGUUCCGUCUAAAAUUAAAUGUUAUGUGUCAUCUUUGACGGUUUUGUAUUUCUGUAUUUACACUGGAUUACAGAUAUCGAGCUGACCUGAUGAAUAUAAAUAUUUAUAACUUAAGUUAUUAAAAUUACGGUUUCUUAAGUUAAAA